AUGGAUUUCGUUACCGGUUUACCGAGGUCGCCGAGGGGGCAUAAUGCCAUUUGGGUGACAGUCGAUCAAUUGACUAAGUCAGCGCACUUCUUUCCUAUUCAGAUUACGGAUUCGAUUGAUACGCUUAGAAGUUUAUACAUCCGCGAGAUUAUUCGUCUUCAUGGAAUACCCAUUUCCAUUGUAUCGGAUCGAGAUCCAAGGUUUACCGUGCACUUUUGGCAGAGUCUGCAGGCUGCUCUUAGCACCAAUCUCUUAUUUAGUACUGCGUAUCACCCUCAAACGGAUGGGCAAUCCGAGAGAACGAUCCAAAUUUUAGAAGAUAUGUUUCGAGCUUGCAUUAUGGAUUUUCGGGCACAAAGGAGAACCACCGAGCAAGUCAAAGUGACUCGUCAAUGGUUAUUAACCGCGCAAAGUAGGCAAAAGAGUUAUGCCGACCGUUGUCGCCGACCGUUAUCGUUUGAAGUGGGGGAUCACGUAUUUCUUAAGGUAUUGCCGCGUCGAGGAUUAUCUCGUUUUGAGCAAAAGGGUAAGCUUUCAUCGCGUUUUAUUGGGCUGUUUGAUAUCAUUGAGAAGAUUGGGGAAGUGGUAUAUCAAUUGGCAUUGCCACCGAGGCUAUCGGGCGUUUAUAAUGUGUUCCAUGUGUCGAUGUUGCGAAAGUAUGAACCGGAUCCAUCACAUGUUCUAGAGUGGUCUAAACUUGAGUUGGUAGCUGACACAUCCUAUGGAGAGGAACCGAUAUGGCGUGACAGGCUGCGGGUCAAAUAUGUGCGGGUUGAAUAUAGGUCAAAUAGUGAACGGGUUGAAAUAAGUCGGGUCGAAUAUGGGACAAAGGUGAGAGUUUGGGAGAGCUAA